AUGCCUGCCGACAGGCUCUUGGGAACUUUACUACGGUCUCUACAGACCUACACAGACCAGCAGGACACGCCUAGGGUUCUUGCGACAGCCGCAUCCCUCCUUACUACCCUUACGAAUCCUCUCAAUGUCACUCUCCUCACGACACAGCUGUUAACUGCGCCUGCUAUAUGGGACCGACCGGACGGGCUGCGAACAUGUCUCCGCUUCAUGGGCGUCUUCCACUCCGCUGGCCUUACCAUCCUAAACCACGAGGUCGCGAAGCUCAAUGGAGAAGCGCAACCUGCCUUACCAGGACAAGUACCACUCAGUGGAGGACUGUCACCGGAGGAGUGGGUGAGAGCAAUCGCCAAAGGCGCCGACGAGCGCUCCCAAAGAUGGAAACAUAUGACGGUGCUCGGUGGUCUGCUGCUGGGAUUGCAGACUCAAGACGAGCCGGGGCUAUUCAAGAGCAUACACGCGAAGCUGGAGGAGGGCUUAGUACAAGCGACGAACCUCGCGUUGGACGAGGCCAGGAACGGCGACGAGCUUGGGGCUCACUGUGUCGCAUUGGUACUGAACCACACGUUUCCAGUGCUCUCGGACCAUGUUCGCGCGCAGCUGGACUAUGACAGACUCCUACCGGUUCUGGUCGGAACGGCGUUCUUCUCUUCUGAAGGCUUCCAGUCCGGCUAUUUCCUCGGAGCCGUCGACCUGGACGUUGUGCAUAUGCCUGGGGGAAAGCUCAACUGGCCGCCUCAUGCGACAUCCUACCAACAAAUCCAGAGGAUCCUAUCGCGGCCUUUGGUGUCGUCUAUGGGUCCUCUUUCAAGGCUGACGUCGCACGCCGUGGAAAAUGUCAAGGAUCCUUGGUUGAUCCAGACUUUGAUGGACGAUCUUGCCGGCUUUGCCAGGGCUUUGACAACUCAGUGGCGGGUCAACAAGCUAUCUGAGGUAGAUGCGUCUGAAGAGGACAGGGUCUUGCACCACGACGCGCGGGAGAAAACCCUGCCGUCACUAUGGAAGCUCCUCAAGACCGCCCUCUUCGCGACCGUAAUAGUCCUCCGCAGCGCAACAGGGCGCAUCCUCGGAGACCCCGUCCUCGCAAGCGACGGCGUCGCGCCCAUCAUCGUCACGCAAGCACUACACACCCUGCGCAACCUCUACUUCAUCUCUUCCCGCCUCGGCGCCAAUUCCUUCUCACAAUACACAUUCGUCUACCUAACCGCCCUCGACAUCCUAACCCGAUACCCCGCCCAAGCCGACGCCUUCCUCCAAGCCAUCCGGCCCACCCAGCUCGGCCACAUCCCCAGCCGCCCGCUCGACCGCUGCCUCGACCUCUACUUCCUCAACACAGCCGAGCACUUCACGCUGGCCCUCUCCCCGCAGACAAACGAAUCCCUCCUCCUCGCAGCCGCGGCGCCCUACCUCUCCGCGGCCGACAACGGCACCCUCCUCCCCAUCUUCGAAGCCGCGCACAGCGUCGUGCUCGCCGUGCUCUGCGCGCCGCAGAACGCGGAACUGGCUGCUCGUUACCUUCCAUUUUACGUCGACGCGCUGUUCGCUGUGUUUCCGCACAACCUGUCGCCGCGCCAGUUCCGGCUGGCGUUCAAGACGCUCCUGAGGAUCACGGCGCCGCCGUCGGAACUUGCAGCUGCGCAGCCGGACAUCUCGGGGACGCUGCUCGAGCUGGUGCGGCAUCGCGCUUUGCAGGCGUCGUCUGCGCCGCUCAAGCUGGACACGGCUCCGGUGACUGCGGCCGCUGAACCGGUGGACGCGGUGCCGCAGCCGCCGCUCUCGGAGCAGGCUGUCUUGACGCUUACGCUGCUGGAUGCACUGCCUUUCCUGCCCCCGGACGCCCUCGACGAGUGGCUCCCGCUUUCCGCGGAGCUGGUCAACGCGAUUGCGGACGAGGAGAUGCGACGGGUGUGCCGGGCACGGUUCUGGGAGGUCAUGGUUAGCGGGGAGAUGGGGCCGGAGAGCGCGCUGAGGUGUGUGGCGUGGUGGGGGAGCAGGGGUGGAAGGGAGAUGGUGGAGCGUGGGAGAGGGGAUAGAGAAGAGGUCAUGAUGAGUGGAGCGCUGCCUGGGGGAGCUAGGGAAAGCAAGCUCUGA